AUGGGAAAUUUACUGUGGAUAGCUCGCGAUUCCGCAUAUUUCGAGUCGCUGCUGGGUGGUGAGUUUGAGGAGGCACGGGGGACGAGGAUGAACUACAGAACAACUGGAGGUAGCUCUACUACUAACUCCACCUCCUGUGAGCAGCCACUAAACAUCGUUAUCGAUUUCGAGCACGAGGCGGAUUUGUUUUCGAAAUUGUUGGAGUUUCUGUAUUUCGGUCGCUGCGGCCGGUACCUGGGUUAUGAGGAAGACAACUUCUGGUCGCCUCUUGAUCACUACGCACCGCUCGAAAAUACAAGGCGCGGUCGAUUGAACAGAACGAGGGGUGGCGUUGUUGAUGAUGGGGGUCCUGGUCGUGGUGCCGCAAGUUAUGAGGAUCCGGAACAUGACCAAACAACUGCAGGAGCUCUUGCUAAUGCUAGAUCUUCUGGAGCAUGGUACAAUGUUAAUUUCCCUUUUCGGGGACGAGCAGAACCACAAGCAAUAGGUGUUGUAGACGGGGAGGGGGUGGACAGAGUCAUCUCUGAACAAGACGAAGCGGAUUUGGGGAGCAGGAUCAACAAUGUUACAAAUGGAACUACGCAUGAAGAACAAGAGGAAGACGAUGAGGACGAGGAAACAGAACUGGUAAACAGUUCGACUCCAACAUUACACGCCAAUCUUGAAGUUCAAGAUCAAAAUGGACACGAUGCGUGCACUGGCGAUCGGCCAGUGACAGCGUUGGAAUUGGAAGGAGCAAGAUCAGUACGGGAUCCGGCAGCUGCAGCUGCUUCAUCCGACUCGCCACAGCAAUCCGGAUCUUCUGCGGCCAGGGCUGCGACGUCAUCUCCAUUGCAGCACAAGGAUGAAGGAACUCAUGAGAGCUGCAACGGCGCAGAUGAAGGCCAGCCACUACAACUUGACGAUGCCUCCUCAUCGUCAGCAAGUGGCACUACAAGCGACAUCAAGAUUGAGCCUAUUCUGUUGAGCGAAGAAGGAGCUGCUGCCGCCCUCUCGGCUGCACCCACACCGCCACAGGACAUCAACGAGGCAAGAAGUUCAUCCUCGUCCUCUACUGCUCUUCCUCUUGGUCCUGCUAAGCAAGUCCGGAAAUCGCGUUUCCCUGAAGCGUGCUGGAGAUCCAGCCCGGAGAUCAUGACCGAGGAGGCCGCGGGCGCGGCAGCACUUGUGGGGACGAACAAGAACAUAGCUGGCUCAUCGUCCUGUAGCUCAUCUUCCCGCGGCGGCUCCCCAAGUUGUGUUGACCAGGAGCCAGACAGUCCCCUUGAUCUACUUCCCAUCGUGGCAACC